ACGCCUGCGCAUCCUUAUCAUCCAAACAGCCUGGAAACAGGCACGAGAAUACACAGAUUUUUGUCGAAGAGUUGAGUUGCAGAAACUUUAUUGUUAGCGCAAUGUCUGCGCGAUAUGACAGAGCUAUAACGGUCUUCUCUCCUGAUGGACAUCUUUUUCAAGUGGAAUAUGCACAGGAAGCUGUGAAAAAAGGGUCAACUGCGGUUGGCAUUCGUGGGAAGGACAUCGUCGUUCUGGGUGUUGAGAAAAAGUCUGUGGCCAAGCUGCAGGAGGAGAGAACAGUCCGCAAGAUCUGUGCGCUGGAUGAGCAUGUCUGCAUGGCCUUUGCAGGUCUGACGGCAGAUGCCCGCAUUGUCAUCAACAGAGCCAGGGUGGAAUGCCAAAGUCAUAGGUUAACAGUGGAAGACCCUGUUACUGUGGAGUACAUCACACGUUACAUAGCAACACUCAAACAGCGAUACACCCAGAGUAAUGGCAGGAGACCAUUUGGGAUAUCUGCUCUGAUUGUUGGAUUUGACUACGAUGGCACCCCAAGGCUAUAUCAGACUGAUCCUUCUGGAACCUACCAUGCUUGGAAGGCAAAUGCCAUCGGACGCAGCGCAAAGACUGUGCGAGAGUUCCUGGAGAAAAACUACACAGAGGAGGCAAUUGCCACCGACAACGAUGCCAUCAAACUGGCCAUCAAAGCACUGUUGGAGGUUGUCCAGUCAGGAGGCAAGAACAUUGAGCUGGCCAUCAUCAGGAGAAAGCAACCGCUGAAGAUUCUUGAAUCCAAAGAGAUUGAGACACUGGUGGCUGAGAUUGAGAAAGAGAAGGAGGAAGAGGCUGAGAAGAAGAAGCAGAAGAAGUCUUCAUAGAUCUGGAACAUCUGCUUGCCAGCCAAGCCUACCCUGCUCCGCUCCCGGUUGCUGGUGGUUCUGUCUGUUGUGUGUCAGGGUGAGCUGUUCACAUGGAAGCUGCUCAAUAAAGUUGUUGUUUUUUUAGUUUGUA